CAAAGUCAGAUAGGAUAUAUGAAGAAAUAUCCAGUUUGCCAAACCUCUAAUAUCGAUAAUAAGAAACAAGUUUGCCCUAAAUGCCAAAAUAAAUUACCAACGAUUGCUAAGAUAAUCGAUGAACAACCUAAGACUAUAAAUGCUGCUGAAAAAUUACCUACUAUUUCUCUUUACAUAUUUAAACAACAAUUAGUUUUGGAAGCCAAUAAGCCUCAUAUAUGUCAUGGUUUUACUGCUAAAUCACAUCAAUUUUGGGUUCAGAUAAAAAAAACUCAAUUUGUAAAUCCAAAUGCUGAUAAUCGUAUUUUUCAAAAUCUAGAUGAAGAAUUGACAUUAAGUAAACAAAUGAUAAGAUUUAAUGAAAUCGUGAGUAUGAAAAGAAAUGAAUUUAUUAAAGCAACAUUAAUUAAAAAAAUACCUUUAGACAUUUGGUGUUCAAUUCCCAUAGCAUGCGAUGAGACAGAACUUCAAGGAAGCAAAAGUUUUUUAAAAAAACCAGAAAUUUUAUUUAUUAUUAACUCUUUAAUUACUUCUUUAGGUGAUUUAGAUCGAUCACGUUUUUGUAGUUUAUCAAAUAAGUCCCGUAAAGAUUUAAUAAAUAUUCUUCAAGAAGUCAGAAAUAUAUUAGCUAAAAAUAAUAUUAGUACUAGUAAAAAAUAA